AUGAUCAAAGACGGACAUUCACAUCAUUUCACUGUGAAAUUCAGCCCUGAAGACCCCCAUAAAUACACUAUUGAAUGGAAUCAACCUGGCACAGUGCUGGAGGCGAUUAAAUCAAGUAAAAGAUAUGAGGAGCUCGAGUAUAAAGAUGAAAACAUUGUGAUUCAGUUGGGUGAAGAGGAUAAGGAAGUUACUGUUGCAACACAUUUCCCUCGUUCUUGUAUCAAUGAAGGUGAAUCUCUCUUCAUAACACAUCAACCAGAAAAGGUUGAAGCGGCCCAAGACCAACAUUACAAUACGGUGCAUUCAAGGGGCCAGUAUUCUGUCUUCUACAUUGACACAGGUGGAGGACAAUACACCAAAACAAAGACUACUUUCUUAAACAAGGCUCUCAAAAAGUUCAGGUACCUGUGUGUCUAUGGGGUCAAGGGGUGGACUGUGGAAGAGGCUCUGCAGAGAGACGGUCGCUUCAUUGAUGCUCUCGGCAACUUCACUCUGUCUCACAAUAAGAAUCCAAACUGUUUCACUGAAUGCACUCAGAGAGUUGACCAGCUACAUGGGAACAAGUUCAAGAUAUGUCUUCUAAAAGACAAGCUGGGCAAAAGCCCGGGUGCAUCACAUUCACACCAGAGGCGUAAGCGUGACACUAAUAUACAGCAGAACACAACAGCUUUGAUAGCCGUAGAGCAGAGAGGAACCAGCGUCACAACUGUUUUGGAAAACAGUGUCAACAAUGAGGAGAUUUAUAAAAAACUGCGCGAUCAGUUCCCAAGUCUGAAAGAACUGAUGGAGAAGAGAUUUCCUGGUGAUUCUUAUCAGAGAGCAUUGGACCUGAGGAAGGAAGACUUUGGGAAGAUCCAGCAAUCCUUCAGUGAAGUGCACAGAGUCAGGGAGCUGAUUGAAUUCGGGAAAUCAGUUUGCAAAGUGGUUGUUGUGAAUGGUUCACAGGGAACAGGUUUUGUGCUGUUUGACAACUUCAUCCUGACUAACGCACACAUUUUGAAAGAUUGUGUCGAAGGAAGAAAGCUGAAGCAGGAUAUAGAGGUGUAUGCUUUCUUUAACUAUGACGUUCCUGAGCCGCACACAAACUACAACUCCUAUCUAGUUAAAAGAACGUUGAUUAACUACAGUCAGGGUGAGCUGGACUAUGCCAUACUUGAGAUCAAACCUGAGGACCAAAUGUCCAAAGCAACACCAGCUAAGGUGCCGCCAGGGCUCCUGGAUAAAUUUGGCCCAAUGCCACCCAAUGGGGAAGCCUGUAUUAUUGGUCACCCGGCAGGAGGCCUGAAAAAAAUGGAUCCAACAUGUAUCAUUGAGAAAGAGCAGCGAGAGCAGGCUGUCCAGGGUCAUCUGCAUCCAUACAGAGACGCUCCUUUCAUUCUCUACUCAAUCGCUCACCUUAUCGGAGAGCAAGGCAUUGAUGACAUAAUGAUGGGUGGAAACAAAGCAGACGAAGUGGUGACCUACCACACUUUCAUGUACCGCGGAUCUUCUGGCUCUCCAGUGUUUGAUGCCGGUUGUAGAGUGUUUGGUUUGCACACCUCAGGAUUUGUCUUUGGGUUUCCAAAACAAACAGAGAGUGUGAUAGAGUCCGCCCAGCCUCUGCUUACCAUAUUUAAAGACUUUGUGAGAACGCUGAAGGAAAGCGGAGAUGAAGAUUUGUUGAAGAGAGUUAAGAAGGCAGCAAAGAGAAACUCAGACCUAAGGAACAUACUCAAGUCAACAGACACCGACAAGUCAACAGACACCGACAAGUCAACAGACACCGACAACCCAACAGACACCGACAACCCAACAGACACCGACAACUACCUCUAG